AUGGAGAGCGCCCCCAGCAGCCCUCCGCCCACAGCGUCGGAUCCCCUGGAUGCCUUUCCCCAAAAGAGCCUGGAGCCCGGGGACAUAGCAGUGCUGGUUCUGUACUUCCUCUUUGUCCUGGCUGUUGGAAUAUGGUCCACAGUGAAGACCAAAAAAGACACAGUGAAAGGCUACUUCCUCGCUGGAGGAGACAUGGUGUGGUGGCCCGUGGGCGCGUCCCUGUUUGCCAGCAACGUUGGAAGUGGACAUUUCGUGGGCCUGGCGGGAUCGGGCGCUGCCGCAGGAGUUUCUGCAGCUGCGUAUGAGUUCAAUGGCUUGUUUUUUGUGCUGAUGUUGGCCUGGGUUUUCCUCCCUAUCUACAUUGCUGGUCAGGUCACCACGAUGCCCGAGUACCUCCGGAAACGCUUCGGUGGCACCAGAAUUCCCCUCACACUGGCCGUGCUCUACCUGUUCAUCUACAUCUUCACCAAGAUCUCCGUGGACAUGUAUGCAGGCGCCAUCUUCAUCCAGCAGUCUUUGCACCUGGAUCUCUACCUGGCCGUCAUCGGGCUGUUGGCCAUCACUGCUGUCUACACCAUUGCAGGUGGCCUGGCCGCUGUGAUCUACACAGACGCCCUGCAGACCUUCAUCAUGCUUAUAGGAGCACUCUCGCUGAUGGGCUACAGCUUUGCUGCAGUGGGCGGGCUGGACGGCCUGCAGGAGAAGUACUUCUCGGCGGUGGCCAGCAACCGCAGCGAGAACAGCAGCUGUGGGCUGCCGCGGGAGGAUGCCUUCCACAUGUUCCGGGACCCGCUGACGUCUGACCUCCCAUGGCCCGGGAUCCUGUUCGGAAUGUCCAUCCCGUCCCUCUGGUACUGGUGCACGGAUCAGGUGAUUGUUCAGCGAACGCUGGCCGCCAAGGACCUGUCCCACGCCAAGGGGGGCUCAUUGAUGGCUGCCUACCUGAAGGUGCUGCCCCUGUUCAUGAUGGUGUUUCCCGGCAUGGUCAGCCGCAUCCUCUUUCCGGACCAAGUGGCAUGUGCCAUCCCCGAGAUCUGCAAGAAAGUGUGUGGCAACCCCUCGGGCUGCUCUGACAUCGCGUACCCCAAGCUCGUGCUGGAACUCCUGCCCACAGGACUCCGCGGGCUCAUGAUGGCUGUGAUGGUGGCCGCGCUCAUGUCCUCGCUGACCUCCAUCUUUAACAGUGCCAGCACUAUCUUCACCAUGGACCUCUGGACUCACUUCCGGCCUCGGGCCUCUGAGAAGGAGCUGCUGAUUGUGGGCAGGGUCUUCGUGCUGCUCCUGGUUCUGAUCUCCAUCCUCUGGAUCCCCGUGGUCCAGGCCAGCCAAGGGGGGCAGCUCUUCAUUUACAUCCAGUCCAUCAGCUCCUACCUGCAGCCGCCGGUGGCCAUCGUCUUCAUCAUGGGCUGCUUCUGGAAGCGGACGAAUGAGAAGGGGGCUUUCUUGGGGCUGAUUUUCGGCCUCCUCCUGGGCUUGAUCCGGCUGGUCCUGGACUUCGUGUACGUGGCGCCUCUGUGUGACGAGAAGGACGAGCGGCCGGAAGUGGUGAAGGUCCAUUACCUCUACUUCUCCAUGAUCCUGUCCUCCGUCACGCUGAUCAUCGUGUUCACUGUCAGCUGGUUCACAGAACCGCCUUCCACCGACAUGGUCAGCCGCCUGACCUGGGCCACCCGUCAUGACCCAGUGCUGCAGAAAGAGCAGGUGCCUCUCACGCCCGCGCCCCCUCUGGCGCCUGCAGCCAGCAGUGGAGUCCAGCCUGAGGGGCUCCCGGAAAGCACGUCCAAAGCCCACGGUGCGGAGGCCAGCCCCAAGCGGUCCAAAGUGGUCCAGUCCCUCCUGUGGCUUUGCGGGAUGGAAGGCAAAGGCCAGGAGGAGCCCCCGCCCACGGCAACCGAGGCGGAGCCCAUCAGGAUUUCCCUGGAGGAGAAGCCGCUGGUGAAGACUUUUCUGGACAUCAAUCUGGUCAUCUGCCUCAGCGCCGCCAUCUUCCUCUGGGGCUACUUCGCGUGA